AUGAGGUUCUCCAUGCUUUGCUUUGCCUUGGCUUUAUCGCUCGUCGCUGCGAUUCCAAGAUCGCAUCGCAUCCAAGACCCAGUUGAUCGCGAAAUCUCUCUGGAUCCACUUCUCAACACUAGGACUGCAUUCACUCGCGCAGCACUGGACUACUACAUCUCAAUUCUCAACGAUUACAGAGGUUUGGGCUAUUACCAGUGA